AGUUUACAUUUGUUUACACUGAAUCAGCUGUUCGGUGACGCAACACCGCAUGGCACACCUGCGCCAGACAGACCUUUAGCAAAUUGGUCAGCCCAUAAUGCAUUUGCUGUGUCCUCAUAUGUGCCUUAUCUAUCUUUCAGAAUGUAAAGCAAAAUAUCAUCCAUUUGCACUGAAGAAUUACAAGUGUUUAGUGUUAGAACUUCUGUGAGCCUUCAUUUAUUGAACAGGAUGAAUCUCACCUGCACCAGGAAUGGCUCUUCAUGCACUGACAGAAAUGUUGAGGAUGUGCUGAUCGGAGGUGUGUGAUGAUGAUAAAUGAAGCAGAGAAUGAAGAAUGAUUAAAGUGUGCUGUCCUGUAGCAUACUCCGUGGUGAUGAAAACCAGAAGAAACUGAAGAGACAAUAGACUUGAGAAGGCAUUGACCAACACACAAAGUGAGCCCAGAGUGAGCUACAAGCAAGAGCUCAUCCAUUCCUCUGAGAGAGAGAGAGAGAGAGAGAGAGAGAGAGAGAGAGAGAGAGAGAGAGAGAGAGAGAGAAAAUGCAGCAAAUCAUGGAGAGCUACUUUGGCCUGACGGACUAUGUCAUCUUUGCACUGGUGUUGGCCGUGUCCUCAGCCAUCGGCCUGUACUACAGGUUCACUGGAGGCAAGCAGAAGACCUUCAAGGAAUACAUGAUGGCUGACAACAACAUGUCAGUGAUGCCUGUUGCCUUCUCCCUCAUGGCCUCCUUUAUGUCAGCCAUUACCAUUUUGGGUGUGUCCAAAGAAAAUUAUACCUUUGGAACACAGUUCAUUGUCAUCAACUUCUCGUAUCUCAUCUCUACGCCCAUAGUGUGCUACCUCUACCUUCCAGUGUUCUUCAGGCUGCAAAACACAAGUGUGUAUGAGUACUUGGAGCAAAGAUUUGGACAGCUGACACGGAUCUGUGCUUCCCUGGCUUUCUCACUUCAGAUGACUCUCUAUAUGGGCAUUGUGCUCUAUGCUCCAGCACUGGCACUCUCAGCUGUCACAGGAAUACAGCUCAAUGUGUCCAUCAUGGCAGUGGGUGUUGUGUGCACAUUCUACUCAGCCCUUGGAGGCAUCAAGGCUGUUCUCAUCACUGAUGUGUUCCAGUCUCUGCUGAUGUUUGCAGCAAUAUUUGCUGUGAUCACUCGAGGUGUGAUGGAUUUCUCAGUGGCUGAAAUAUUCAAGAUUGCUAAGGAAGGGGAAAGACUGGAAUUCUUCAACAUAUCACCAGAUCCUCGUGAGAGGCACACUUUGUGGAGUCUGGCUAUUGGCGGCUGCUUCACCUACUGCUCCCUGUACGGUGUGAACCAGGCUCAGGUCCAGCGGCUCCUCACCAUCAAGGACCUGCAUCGUGCCCAGGCCUCCCUCUGGAUCCAGUGGCCCAUUCUCACAGUGCUGAGUUUGUCUACCUCAUUUGCUGGCCUUGUGGUGUACGCACAGUACCAAGACUGUGAUCCAAUGAAGAGUGGUCGCAUUGCCAACUCAGAUCAGCUGCUGCCACUCUAUGUUGUUGAGACGAUGGGAAUGGUGCCGGGUCUCUCUGGCCUCUUUGUCUCCGGCAUCUUCAGUGGCUCUCUCUCUACAGUUUCCUCAGCCCUCAACUCCCUGGCAGCAGUGACUUACCAGGACUACAUACUGCCAUGCAUUCCACACCACAGUGGCUUCCGAGAAAAAUAUGCCACACGCAUCAGCAAAAUUCUGGCAUGUGUGUAUGGGUUGAUAUGUAUUAUGAUGUCCUUCCUCAUCCCUCUGGUGGGGACAGGGGUGCUGCAGGCAUCUCUCACCAUCUUUGGAGCUGUGGGUGGACCCCUCCUGGCACUCUUCACCCUUGGCAUGCUCUGUAGAUGUGCCAACCAAAAGGGUGCCAUGGCAGGUCUUACUUUCGGGCUGAUUGUCACACUGUGGAUUGGAUUUGGUCAACCCAAGCCAGUGCCGCCCUUUAAGCCUGUGUCUGUUGAAGGAUGUCCGGCCACCAAUGCUUCCUUCAAUAUAGAAAGUAUUCAGAUGACCAGAAACUCAAGUUAUAAAGGAGAUGAGUUUUACUUUGAUGGCGUUAGUAACAUAUCAUUGAGUUUGCCUUCUGAAGAUAAGGAAGGAGUAAUAGCAACCAUCUCCUCUCACCUCAACAACACAUCACAUGAGGAGAGCACUCCCUUCCUGCACAACCUGUAUGCAGUGUCUUACAUGUGGGUGGCGGCUAUUGGGUUCCUAGUAACUAUGCUGGUGGGUGUCCUGGUGAGCGUUGCCACUGGAGGGAAUACAGUGCUUCAGAGGGAGCUCUUCUCUUCGUGGGUCCACAUUGAAGGGACUACAAUCAGUGGCACUGAAAACUUGUUCACUGAGAAGUCAGACCACACAAUUGCAGGAGACAUUAUUUCUGUGUCAGCUGACAAGCUCACUUCAGAUGAGAGAGAAAUGUCUCGUCUUUGAUCACUGGAGGAGUUGAAUCUGGCAACACACAAAGUAUGGUGGUAAUGAUUAAUUCAUUCAUGAAUACACUACAUAUUCAGAAUAGUAGUAUAAACUUAUGUUAUUCUUGUAAAUUACAGGUUUCAUAAUGUAAUAUCACUUAUUGUAAAGAUCUCAUACAUGAGUCAUACCUUUAAGUGAGCAGGUGUGGCUCAGCAUUGCCGCCAACUCUGCCCCAUAGAAUAUGUGCAAUGUACUUGAGCCAGAAUGACAUAAGCGCUGAAAACUAAAAUUGGAGAAAAAUGCUGUCAAAGUUUUGUGAGUUUCAAAAUGGAUUCAGAUAGAAAGUAGCAAUUCAUAUCAAAAUAUAUAUUCAGUAAUUUAUUCCCUUUACAACAAUUUGGUUGAAUUAUAUCAUGAAAUUGAGAUUAGAUUACGUUAUUAGAAUGAAAUAAGUGACUGCAUUAUUUCCUUGAUACUAUUUUAAGGCUAUCACAGCUCCAUUAAAAGUUGUAUCCAGUGCCCACACAUUGUUUAUUUCCUUUUGUAUAUCAAGUUGUUUUAUUUUUUCUGUACUGAUAGGGAAUCAGAACGAUUAAAAAGUGUCCUUUUUAAUGAACUUAUCAACUUUAUGAAACAAUAUCCCAAGAUGAGCACAAAUGAAGAGAAUGAUGUAAGCAUAAAGAAUUAAACUGAAACAAACUAAAACAAAAGAACUAAUAAACAUUAUGAAAAUAUUGCAUUAUAAAUGACAAUAGAAUGUACAGAAAUAAUAAAAUCAUGCGACACUUCCAAAUUUCACACGGGCUUCCCCUUUGCUUCUUCAUCUUUUAGUGAUAUUUCUCUUCCAUGUUUCUUUCCAUGGAGGGUUUGUCUCCUGAGGGAGUACACUGUUGUCAGCCAUAAUAAGGAAAGGAUUAUAUGUUGUGUAAAAAGUGAAAUUAAGACAGCAGUCCAUUAUUUAAAGGUAGCAAGCAGGCUGGAAGGAGGAAUUGUGUGGACGUGGUGGUGGAGGUGUCCCAUCGUGACAUGUGACUUGUGGAUUGAGCCAUCAUUGCCUAGCUCCUCCUGUUGCUCUCCCCAGCAAUUGAUAGCUAUCACUCAGGCAUACCAAGAAGUUUCUGUGGAUAAUUUGACUUGGAUGGAUUUCUUACCCAAUUGCAGGAAGGUUGGGGAAGACAAUGGAAUAAAAGUAAUAAUUUUGGCCACAAGGUUGCUUAUGUCACUCUGGCUCUGGGUGUUUCAUUUAUUUUGUUUUAUAUAACUUAUUAACUUGUAGAUUUAACCUACAACUUAUAUGUGAGAAAGGACCUGGAUAAAGUUAUGAUGCAUUGGUACUAAGGACUAAAGUUUGACAAGUUGUGAGCAACUAUAUUUUAUAUAUGUACAUGGAAAUAAGUUGUAGAUUAGUUUCAACACACUGGAUAGCCUCUUUAUCUUGAAUCUAUUCUGUUUUCUUCACUUGAACUGUUUCUUUUGGAUUUGAUAAUGGAUUUGCUGGUCAUAUUAUGGCAACCCAAAACUUGCUGUUGAGGGAGGUGCUAUGGAUUUAGUUUUGAUCAAUCUUUUAACUCCAUUCCAGAAAAUAUAUGUAGUUAUUAGUUAUACCAUUGUGUUCAUAGAAGAAUAUUGUAUCAUAGUUGUUAAUCUAUUAAUUUUGGAAGAGCUCUAUUGAAAUCAUAGCAUGCAUUCUAUCAUAGAUGCUGGUAUACCAUAAAUAUAAAAUUGUGACAGUUUUAUGCUAGAAAUGAGGAGAGAUUUCAUACAACUCAUGUUCACCAUUUCAUUACAAACAGCAUACAGAAAGUGAUAACUGAGAACAGCUAUGUACUGUCAUGAAUUGCAAUGAUUACUCACCUAACCCACACAGCAUCAGCCAAUGUACAUACUUGUUAGCCAUCCCCUUAAUGCUGGUCAGUCUGAAAGUGUUUCCCUAUGGCUUAAUAUGAAGGAGAAACACUAAUAAAGUACAAAGUGGUUCAUGGAAGGUGGUUAAAUGGUUGCAGUCACUGGUGUUCAAGAUACUUGCACCUCUCUUUAAUGUAUGUAUGAAAGAUGUUAAUUGAUUUUGCCCAAGUAAGAAUGCCAACAGUUGUCAGUGCAUAUUUUGCAUUGUUUUUCUAAGAUAAUUAUUGGUUUUGAUUGUUUGAUUCUGUAUAAGUAGCUCAAGAUAUUGUGACUUAUCACAAUAUCUUUUUGUAACUGUAUGUAUUAAUUUUUCUUUGUUUAUGGUAAUGAUGCAUCCAAGAGGAAAUGGAAUGGCAAAGAUAGGGACAUGUUGUCAAGGAGCAAUCAGGAUCUUACACCACUCACACCUGUGGAUGUAGUAGCGGAGUGGAUGUGAGGCUUCAUGGCUUAUCUGGUGCCUAGGUGUUGCGAAAGUCUCACUGCAUGAAUGGGAGCCUCCCAGCACAACACAUACAUGUAAUUCUAAGCAUGCAACAUAACCACAGCAUUAUUGCUUUGUAUAAAAGAUAACUUAGGCAGAGUAAUGGGAUAUAUAUUUUUUAUUAGAUUAGUGUCAUAUACUGAUGAUGCUAUGGAAUGUCAGCAAGAUCAUUAGAUACAUGAGGUCAUUAUAUACAGAUGAAAUCCUCCAAGAAUCACUACAACUUAACUUCUCAAAUUGAAAGAAACCAGUGCCUUAGGCCAACUUUUGGUGUUGCCAAGAAAGAGAGCAGAGAGAGCAAAGUCUGUCUGUCUGUCUGUUUACCAGGCUAACAUCCUCAUCCAAGAAGGUUGUCAAGAUGAGGUGUCCUAGUGAAUACAUUCAUCUCUAGGACUAAGAUAUAAAAAGUAACAAUAGUUUUGACAGUUUGUUGGUAGUGUAGGGGAAUGGUGAGUUCCAUUCUGUUAUGGCCUGAUUUAAUGCUGGUGAUAUAAAUGCAGCAUCACACAUGUGAUGGCUGAUGGCAUAGCAUGAAAACAAUGAGAAAUUGAUGUCAAGGCAGGGUAAAUUUGCCAUGAGAGGCAAUCUUGUCAAGGAUUGAAUCCUUUGCUCUAUCUGAUAUGUUACUGGUCUGGCUACAAAUUAUCAAGCUCCAGGAGAAUUUUGGUUAAUUUGGGCUUUCCUAGCACCACAAUCCAAAACUCCAGAUUUUAGAAGAAAAAUAAAGUUAAUAAACCAAGAUGAGGCUGUUGAGGUGAAAGAGAAAAGUCUUGCAAAUUAUCCUCAUCAACACGGAAUCUCAUGGUGUUUGAUAAACUAGGAAACUUACAAAAGCAAGGACAGUUAAUCCCCAAAGGAAUGCUUUGUUGUGAAGUCUAAUCCUAUUAUUACAAAAUAGAAAACAUUAAGAUUAAAAAUUCACUUACCUUUCUUGUGGUCUACAAAUGUGUGUCUGCUUUCACUAAAAACUUCACCUCAGGGAUCACUUACCACAACCAUGAUCUUGAAUGUGUCGUCUGGUCAUUUUGCUCUAGUAAUUAAGUUUCCUAGUAUGGAUACUUUCAUACAGCUGCCUUCUCUGAGGCAAGUGGGGAUGCCAUCAGUACAAUUACACACACUGAUCAAAACUCUAAGCUAGUGAUUUAUUUGUCUGUCUACCUAUCAGUAACUGAUGGCUGCCAUGACAGUACUCUCCAUUGUUCCUGUCCGUGUAUUUAUUUGUAAUCUGUUAUUUAAACUUAGCAGAAAACAUAUGGAGCUAAGUAGAAUGCUCUAUGUAAUGUGGGAAUGUACUGCAUAUAAGGAUGGUUCUUGAAUUUAAAAACUAGUGCCUAUGUUAUGGUGGAUUAAGAUUAUUGUGUUUGUGUGAUGGAUUGAGCCACUAUAGCUGUGUCUAGAAAGUUUGAAUAGAUAUCUUAGGAAAAGGAAGCAAUGGUAAGGAAGAAAUAGAAUACAUGGGAAAUAGUUGUUUCUUGAUAAUAACUAUUCUUUUAGUAGUAGAAAGGAGUUACUGAAUGUAGUUCAUGUCUUACAAGUAAAUAUAGGAUUAUUUGAAUCUGGGAAGGCAUAUCAAACUGAAAGAGUAACUUGUCAUAUUCCUGGCUAGAAUAUUUUUUUUCAAGUGAGAUUAGGUAUUGUAGAUAAAGAAAUGUAGGUCCCACUAUUAAUCAAUUCUGAAGCUCAUUCUUUGGGACUUUCCUUUUGGAUGACGGCAACAAUUAUGUCUCCAUUUGUUGCUGGUCUAGUCUCGCCACUAUUUGUCUCAAUAUUCUAUUCUUCUCUCAUUCAAUGUGAAAGGUAUCUUGAAAUCCCUGUAAGAUGUUCUCGUAAUAGACAGGCAGUCUUGGAAGAAAUGAAAAAUUGAAUUCAGUUGACAAGUAAUGAAACGGGUAGAUACUCAUAAAUUUCAAUAUCUUCGUUGAAUUGUAUGCAGGAAUGAAGUGGAAGGAAUAAUAUCAAGGAAAGUACUAAACAUAAAAGAUGAUUUGAGCAUAUGACGAAGAGUAAAGUUUCUACUAAUUGAAAUAUACCCAUUAAAUACAGAUAUACCAUGAAGGUCAAAGAUCUAGAUUGAGAUAGUUGAAGUGAGUUACUUGAGGUGCUUGUGUUAAGAAGAAUGGAUAAUAAAAACAAUAAAAUUACAUAUGCUCAGUAUGUGUGUCACAGGCAAAUGAACAAAAUGUGGAGCAGUGGAGACAGUAAAAACAGCACCCAUCAAGUAUAGAGAGGUAGUUGGAGAGAUAGUGUGCAGAAAUAAGUUGAUACAGAGAUGAAGAAGGCCAUUGCUAUAUUAGUGUGGUAAUGCUGCUGUUAUUAAUGAAAUAAAUGUGGAAGUGAAAUACAUAGUAGGAGGAUCAGUAUGUUCUAUAUGACAUUCUUAAGAGACAAGAGAAUUACCAAUUGAAUAGUGGAAGGCAACUGUUGUGCCUCGGCAUAACACCUGAAUGUAAAAAUGACAGUGGGAAGUUUGUAUAAUGUACGACAAAGGUAAUGGGAGAGUCCUGGAGAGAUUUGUGGAAAUAACUGAAAGGAAGGAUAAGGAGCUAAAGGAUGUAGAAAAGAAAAUUCCUAGAUAUUUACAAUUAGGUAGAGGUAAUCUUGCUCUAGAUGUAAGCACAACCAUGUCUUCCAGUAGUGUGAUACAAGAUGAUGUAACUGUCUGUGUUAUGUGAGUAAUUUAAGAGGUGCUGUAGAAAGGCUAAAAUAAGACAUUAGCAUUUAUUAGGUAGAGCUUUCACUUUAUGCAUACCAUAAGUGAACAGAAUAACACCUGUCAACACAAUGCUGUUUGCCACUGUUGUACAUGUGCCUGUGGAGAGCAUGGUAGUAAGUGUAAAACAAAACUGAUGUAUGAACAUGUCUAUUCCAGUCUGAUAAUGUUAUACUGUAUGAGUAUUUAUGUUUGAUAGUUUCAGGAAGUACAGGUUAAUUACUUUCAAAACUUUCAUUAUCAGGUAGCUUAUGAAUGCUGUUGUGUGCAUGUUGUGAAGUGGUUAGAAACUACUGUUGACAGACGGAGAGAAACUGGCUAAGGAACUGAGUUGCAGUAUCCUAACCUUUUAGUGAUUUUCAUUAAAUAAAGGGAAAAAAAUAA